UUGAAGCCGUUUCGGAAGUCGGGGAGAGAAAUCCAGCAGCAGGAGCGUCGCCUCCAGUCCGCUGCUAGUUUAUUGUGUGAAGCAGGUCGUCCUGCUUCAGUCCCUCAUCACCUGCAGCACAGGACGCACCUCCACUACUGGCGGAUCACUUCGGCCUCAUCUGGCGGCCGCAGGCGGGAGGAUGCAGCUACGCCCGGGCUGACCAGCAGCAGCUCAAACAAGUCACGGCACUGGACCGCUGACGGGCCUGGAUGUGAUUCUCGCUGUUUGUGUGCGUGUGUGUGUGUGUGUGUAUGAGUGUGUGUGUGUAACCCAGCCUCAGUGGGCCAUGUGUGGACCCACCGUGUCCCUGUGUCUGCUGCUCUGGAUGGUGGUGAUGCGAGUGUCCAGAACACAAGGUCAGGUCGCGGCUCUCACCGCGCCGCAUGCAGAGGUUGGUCGGCCCGUGCUGAUCGGCUGCAACCUCACCAUGCAAACGGGCGAAACGGUCAAGCAAGUGCGCUGGCUCGACAGGCACAAGAGGCUCCUGCUGGCGUACCUGCCGACCGUGCCGGUGCGCGUCAGCCACCAGGCCCCCGGCGUGCAGCUCACCGCCAGCCACAGCGACGGCAGCCACAUCACCAUCACUACGGUGCGGCCUGAGGACGAGGGCUGCUACCGCUGCGUCUUUGACGUUUACCCCCGGGGGCCGCUGGAAGGCACCACGUGCAUCCGGGUCAAUGGUCGAGUGCACAUGGAGGGCAACCAGACGGCCGUGAGCGGGAAGCCGGCCACGCUCUCCUGCCGGUACAACCUCCCCGAGAAGGUGCAGCAGGUGCUGUGGAGGAAGACGGCCGAGCAGGGCGACACCACCACCGUGGCCUCCUUCACCAAGCACGGCUCCCACAAGACGGAGGAGCAGUACAGGGGUCGCGUCAGCUUGAGCCGCACCCUGGGAGACACCCGGCUGACCAUCCAGGAGGUCAGGACGGAGGACGAGGCGUGCUACACCUGCGAGUUCCACACGUACCCGGACGGCACCCGGAGAGACCGCGCCUGCCUGUCUGUUUACGUUUUACCCAAACCAGAGGUGAGUCACGUGACCUCGUCCCCGGGAGUCGGCGAGGCCAACUGCACUGCCCGGUCCCGACCCGCGGCGGAGAUCACGUGGAACGUCGGCGGGGACAACCGGACGCUCGGACCGCCCACCGCGUCCGCCUACGAGCAGGGCGACGGCACGACGGUGGUGACGAGCACGCUGCUCUUCCACCCGGCGCUGCUCAGCGACGUGUCCGUCCAGUGCGUCGUGCACCACCCGGGUUUGGAGAAACCACUGACGGUGUCCGUCAACACAAACAUGUCUCCAGCCACGGUCGUCCUCCUCUCGGUGUGCGGUGUGGCGUCGGUCCUCCUCCUCUGUCUUUGUGUGUGUCUCUGCAAGUGCUUCAUCUGUACUGAGGACUGAUGUGGAGGCCCCCGAGGUCACCGCUGCCGUGAUGAUGGUCCGGCGGCGCUCCGGGCCGGACCUCUCGGCAUAGUGGCACGCGGCUAGCGGGUCGAAGGGAACUGAGCUGCCGCAGAACCGAGCCGCCGCCGCCGCUGGUUCUGCUUCCACGAGCCGGGGAGACAUUUACUGCCACGUAAACAGAACUAAAAACCUAGUUAUUUAAUGCUGCGUGUUGCACUGACCGCAUAACGUGUGUGUAAUCAACUACUUGGACAUGUCACGCUUGAGAAGACUUUGGUCCGUCUGUUUUCUUUUGGAUUGCGUGAUAGGUAUCAUUUUAUUUCAAUGCUCAAACCUCAAAGCUAAAUCCUGAUGGAGCCGCCUGGAGCCCAAUGAGAGGACGCUUCUGGUAAAAGAAGGAAGGAAGGAUGUGACCAAACUGAACUUCGCAUUAGGAGUUACAGGAAAGGAGGCUUAAAAACAGACUUUUAGUGAACCAGCCGUCGCUGUGACUCAGAAUGAAAGGAUACAACUGAGGGGAAUAAUGAAAGGCUUGUUAUUUUUAGCUGCCGUGUCGUGGGGACGGAGAGGCUCGGUCGACAUUGUUGGCUUCUGAACUUCUGUUUAAGGAUCACUGCUGUUGCCCUCGGCCCUUCUGACACGAGAGGUUAUAAAGAGUCAACGGGCUUUAAAAAUUAUGAAGAAUUUAAUAACUAACAGAAGUAAUAAGCAAUGCAGUCACAAAGUGAAAUAAAGUAUGUAUAAUAUUAUUUUGCGAAAUAGAGAAGUCCCCUCGUUCAGUCUCACAUGAGACUGAGUCUCACCUCUUCCAAUCUCCCGGGGGGGCGUGUCCCGUGUGCUGCAGUCGUAUGUCAUUGGCCGCACAUUCGAGCCCAGCUCCUCCCUCAUCGAUUACUUUCUGCUCCAAGGCAUCACAUGACUCCCUCCCGUCUCCAUCUGAUGAUCGAAUCUGAAAUCCCUCACUGACCCAACCGAUCCCUGUUCACUUAAUACUGCAGUACAUUCAAUGAUCUCACCUUUGGCUUAAAGCCCCUUUGUGUAAACGUGACAUAGCAUGCAUAAUAACAUCACAUUUCAUCACAUCUUACACAUUAUAGUUCCAUAUGGUCCAAAAUCUGAAUAUUUGCCUCACUCGGCUGUUGUAGAUCCUUUGCUCAUCUAUUACCUGACAGGAGAAAAAAAACCCAAAAAACUUUUUGGGGAUAAAAUUGGAAGAAAGCCAUAAAUGACGGCAAGGUUGUUAAUGUUUACAGUAAUUAUAUGACUUAAAUUAGGAUAAAUUGUGUUUGAUUCAUAUUGCAUUCACUUCAUCUAACACGCUAAUGUAAUAACUAACAUCACACAAGCUACUAAUUACACUAACACUAAACAUUACUACAUGUAUUAUAGUUUGCACCACUAGGUGUGCUCUUCUGCUAACAUGUCGCCUAAACCGCAUAGUUUUUUAGAAAAUCUCAUUUUAAUGUAAAUUGUCAGGAAAUCAUAUUUUCUAAUAAAGCUUUAAUAUAGUUUUUGGAUAUACUUUCAGUAAUUAUCUGUAUAUAAAGAGGAUUAUAAUUAAGUGUUAAUAAAUGACUACGUCGAAGCUACAUCUUGUAAGAGUCGAUAACUAGUUACAGCCACUGAUGCUGAGAAUAUGAACUGAGAAAAUGAAAGUGGAUCAGAAAUAAAGUUGAUAUUUUGAUUUUGAUGAAAUGUUA